ACGUCAGACCGCUCCUUCUCCAGUCAAGUCAACACAAGGUCGUAGCAGCAGCUCACCGCCAACAUGAUGUCUCUCGCCGCCCGGUCGGGGGCUUUUUCCCCUUACAUGCAGGCUACCGCCGUUGCUGUCGCCGGUCCCCUGAAAGCUCUGGUGCCCGGGGUUGUUGUUAAAAGCGAGAAGUUUUUGUUGAACCCGAAAAAACAGUUUCUGUGCCGCGAGUCUCUCAGCGGUCAAAGCCCAAAGACGGGGCCUGCUGUCACCGUUAGCAUCAAUGGUGUUGCAGGAGUCCGAUUUGCUCACACAGAUGUGAGGAUACCGGACUUCUCUGACUACAGGCGCCCAGAGGUGCUCGACCCCAGCAAGUCCUCCCAGGACAGCAGCGAAUCCAGAAGAACCUUCUCCUACCUGGUCACCGGCGCCACGACUGUGGUGGGCGUCUACGCCGCCAAGACGGUGGUCACUCAGUUUGUUUCUUCCAUGAGCGCCUCGGCUGACGUGCUGGCCCUGUCGAAGAUCGAAAUCAAGCUGAGCGACAUCCCCGAGGGCAAGAACAUGACCUUCAAGUGGAGAGGCAAGCCGCUGUUUGUCCGUCACCGUACAGAGAAGGAGAUCGCCACAGAGGCCAGCGUGAACAUCGCAGAGCUGCGUGACCCGGAGCACGACAAGGACAGGGUCAAAGACCCCAGCUGGGUCAUCGUCCUUGGGGUGUGCACACAUCUGGGUUGCGUGCCCAUCGCCAACGCCGGCGACUUUGGAGGCUAUUACUGCCCCUGCCACGGCUCGCACUACGACGCCUCAGGCCGCAUCAGGAAAGGCCCCGCCCCUCUCAACCUGGAGGUUCCCUACUACGAGUUUCCAGAUGACGACACUGUGGUUGUUGGAUAAAUAACACUCCUCGGACUGAGCUCUGUCACUGUCCUACAGCUUUCACUCUGUCAGAAGCAGAACGGCCGUCUCAUCGUAGUGCUGCUUUUGGGGGAAUGUUCAGGUGUGAUUACGCUGCAUUCAUAUUUUAUCGGUCCUGCGAGCCGGGGAAAAGUGUUCACAUCAUUUACAACUGGCACAUGUGGGAAUGUUUUGUUCUCUCUCAAUCAGAGUUACAAAAUUUCCAAACGUGACAGCUGUUGGUGGUCCUCUCUACCUGUUGUAUUUAAUAUAAUUGCAUAAUGAAAGUGAGCUGGAGUUGCUGUAUUUUAAAAUGUAAAUCAUUUAGAACAUAAAAUCUGGGUUAUAACCGUGUCCUCUUUUCUCGCCCUUGAAUGUGAUGUGAACAUAAAAAACCUGCUUACCAUACUAAGUUAUAUUCCAUCUACUAGUAACGAACAAAUGAGUUCAAAUCUGGUUAAUAAAGAUUUCUAUUUUAUUUGAAAACCUGGA